AUGGUCGCAUCUAAAAAAGCAGCUUCAGCCAAAGUGGACAGAUCUAAUGACAAUGACCCUACUUCCUCACACCCAACCGGCUUUGAUGGUCCCAUUGACUUACAGAGUGAACUCAUCGAUACUACAGAAGUUGAUGGGGUGUUGGCUAGAAAGAUGGCUCUAGUGAACGCUGCAAUUGAUGAGAUUGGCAUGACUCCAUUUCAAUGGACAUUAUUUUUCUUAAAUGGAUUUGGAUAUGCUGUUGAUUCACUCCUCGUAGUCUGUCAAUCUAUCGCGCAGCCAUCAGCCACACAGGAAUUUGGAAAUCCUAGCAAAUAUGUCGCCGGCAUUUCUCUUGCUUCACAAAUUGGUCUUCUUGUCGGCGCUGCUUUCUGGGGAUUUUCGGCAGAUGUAAUUGGACGAAAACUUGCAUUUAAUACAAGCUUGUUUGCCUGUGCUGCAUUCGUUCUAAUCGCUGGUGGGAUGCCAAAUUAUAUCUCUUUCUCUGCCAUGGUAGCCAUCUACUCGGCUGGGGCGGGAGGAAAUUACAUUCUUGACGCGACUAACUUUCUCGAGUUUCUCCCCAUGUCGCAUGCCUGGCUGGUGACUUUCCUGUCUGUAUGGUGGGCGAUCGGAUACACUAUCGCAGGCCUGCUGGCAUGGGCGUUCUUGAGCAACUUCAGUUGCGAAAGUGACGCUAUGGAAUGCACUGCAGCGGACAAUAUGGGUUGGCGCUACCUUCACUUUACUUGUGGUGGUCUGGUCCUCGUCCUCAGUGUCAUCCGUUUGUUCGCUGUUCGCAUGGCUCAGACGCCCAAAUGGCUGACCAGCCAAAACCGCGACGAAGAACUAUACUUAAUUCUACUGAAUCUAUCGGAGAAAUACAAACGCCCAUUCUCAUUGACGUUGGAAAAGCUACAGUCCCAGGGGCGCGUCCUCCAUACUGAAAAAUCUGUGCCGAUACUGGAGAUGAUUCAAACUACACUAUCUGGUUUACUUGGCCCCAUUAUUGCUGGUUUUCUUGUCGAAAGGCGAUGGUUUGGACGACGAGGCACCCUUGCUGUAGGUGCCGCAAUUACCACUGUCCUACAGCUUGGAUACACUCAAAUCAGAACUCCAGCACAAAAUGUGGGGAUAUCUGCAGCAAUUACAGCAACAUCAAAUAUUUAUUACGGUACCAUAUAUGCGUACACCCCGGAAAUCCUGCCGAGUGCUCAUCGUGCCACCGGCUAUGGUCUCUGCGUGGUAUUGAAUCGUGUCGGUGGUAUCGUUGGUGUCUUGGUUGGAAGCUAUGCCAAUGUAGAAACGACGGUGCCGCUAUGGAUUUGCGCAGGGCUAUACGGUACGGAACUUUGGUUUUCACAAGUUUGCUAUUACCCUUUGAGAGCAGAGGAAAGAGGACUAUUUAACCCAUUGGUCGCAGUCUGUGGGUUGAAUACAAACAAUACACCGUGUAUUGUUAUGAUAUCGUGCAUUGUCUGCGUUGUAAUUUUGAUACCGCUGAAUAUAUGA